GGUCGGUCACCUGCUGCGGGGCCUAGAUGGUGCGGCCGAUGAUGCCCAGUGUCAGCUCCUUGGUGAGGUCGUCGGUGUUGUGGAGGAAUAGAGCCUCGGUGUUAUGGGGUCCCAAACAGCCGUCAGGCACCUCGACCGUGGUGGCCACCACUAUUGGAUGGCCUGCAACACACACACAGCCACCACACGACACACACAGUGAAGGAAUGUGUGUGCGGAUCACAUUCUUUCGCGUCUGUCUGUCUGUCUGUCUGGCGUACCGUCCUCCUCAUAGCCGUCGUCUUCAUCGCUCUCGUCGUCAUCGAAGCCGUCGCCCAGCGGCCCUCCGUCGUCAUCACUGUCGUCCUGCACACCAUCCUGACACAACAAAGAGGAACAGGGAGGAAAACUGCUGACGCUCGUCGCAUGGGGCGGUUGGUGCUGUCAAUGAGCGACUCACCGAUUCGGAUUCGUUCUCAGCUGCCGCCUGUGGACCUUCCUCCUCCUCGGCCAUCUCGCCGUCCUCCUCCUCACGCAACAAAUCUGAAACGAAGACACACCAACACAUUCGUCAGCAUGACUGAACACAGACACACUGCUCGUGUGAUGGUCGGUCUGUGUGGCGUGCUGUUGACUCACCACUGUCAGCGUCAUUGUCUUCUUGCCCGUCUGGCUGCCCGCCGCCAUUGUUAUCCUCCUCAGCUACAUCGUCUGCACACACCAUCGAAGACCACACACACACAGACGUGUGGCGCUGAUGCUGUGUGUUUGAUGUGUCACAUUCAUCUGUGUGUGGCGUACCUGCGUCGCCAUCGCCACCGUCCGCCAUGGCAGCCGAGGCCAUGUGGCUGUCGUGACCUCCAGACAUCUCACUCAAACAGACACCAACA